CAGAACUGAAUGGCUGGAUGAGGCUCCAGUGCUUUGGGCACAGAUUACAUUUGGCCAUAGAAAGAGCCAUGAAAGAUCACAGGAUUGAGCGUGCAGUGGGGGUCUGCAAAAAAGUGGUCAGCACCUUUUCAUUCAGUUGGAAAAAAAAGAGAGAGCUGAAAAGGGCACAGAUAGACCUCAAACUGCCAGACCACUCCUUAAAGACUGAAUGUCCAACCAGAUGGGGAUCUAGGCAGGCCAUGGUUUCCAGAGUCCUUGAGCAGCAGAAGGUCAUUGCCCAUGUCCUCUCCCAAGACAAAGGAACCAGGCACCUCAUCCCCUCAUGGCAGGACAUUGAUGUCCUUGAGGCCAUCAACAAGACCUUGGGACCUCUGGUUGAAUUCACUGAUGCACUUUCUGAAGAGAAAUAUGAGGCUAUAGUGAUGGGGACACCCGUUGGUAACACGGAGGUUGCUGAUAAUGGUGCAUAAAACCAAAAGAAGAGGAAAAAGGGCCUAAGCAGCUUCUUUAAGGCCCCUCACAGCACAGCUCCAGGUGCAGAACAUGUUCUUCAACUGGACCAGGCCAUAGCUUUUGAGCUUCAGGCCUACCUCCAGGCAGGGACCCUGGACACAGAGGAAGACCCACUGGGGUGGUGGAAGCUAUCACAGAACCUCUUCCCACGACUCUCCAUCCUGGCAAAGAAAUAUCUUUGCAUCCCAGCCACAAGUGCCUCAUCAGAAAGGGUCUUUAGCACUGGUGGAAAUGUUGUCAACUGCCUGCGUGCAUCCCUGAAGCCUGAUCAUGUCAAUAGGCUGGUGUUUUUGGCUAAAAACCUUUGAAAGGUUGCAGGAACCAUGUUUUGUUGAGCCAUUUUGAGAUUGUAUGGGACUCGGGCCUACUAGUUUUUAUUUAUUUCUUAUAAAAGGUACUACUUUCAGUGUUUAAUUUUAUUUUUGUUCAGGCAGCAACUUUAGUUGACAUACCUCAAUGUCAGUUUGAUGCAAUUGUGCAUUGUGUGGCUACACAGCUUGCCUUGAUGUUUGGUUAUUUGUAUGCAUAAAUAUUAUGCAGUAGUUUGAAGUUCACUAAACAUUAAUGUUUACAUCUUUUUAUUUAUUUUUUAUAUUGCAAACAUUUGGACGGUUAUCAGA